GCAUCAAGCUAGCACGCCGGGCCUCCAUUUUGCAAGCGCGCUCCGAUGAGACGAGCCGCACCGUGAUGGUCCAAAAGGUGGAGGAAGCGGUGAAGGAGCUUGCUGAAGCUGCCCCUUGGUUUGAUGCAGAGGGGCUUGCAAGGAGGAUGCAGGAGGGACAGGGCCCG